AAAUGGUGGCGUCAACUGUACGGCAUUACGACAGACAUAUCAGGCACAGUUGUUGAUCUAUGCGGUCAUCGUUUGGGAGCUUUUACUGGGGCGGAGAUUUUCUUUUUUUCACACACACACUCUUUUCACUUCAUUUGAUUUCUUUAUUCAUUCAUUCAUUCCUUGAAAUUCCUUACAGAUCACUUAAAUCUUGUUCCCUUACUUUCGUCAUUUGUUUUUGUCUUUCAAAUUACUAUGGAACUCAUCAAAGAUCUCCCCGACCGUUUGCUCUUUGCAGUCCCCAAGAAGGGCCGUCUUCAUGCUUCAUGUCUCUCUUUGCUCGAAGGCGCUGAUAUUCAGUUCCACCGCAAGAACCGUCUCGACAUUGCAUUGGUGAAGAACUUGCCGAUCGCAUUGGUCUUUUUGCCUGCUGGUGACAUUGCCAAGUUUGUGGGUGAAGGAGACGUGGAUUUAGGUAUCACAGGUCAGGAUAUGGUGGCAGAAGCCGGUGCACAGGACAAAGUCACUGAGAUUAUGGAAUUGGGCUUUGGUAAAUGUCGAUUGUGUGUUCAAGUCCCGAUGAAGAAUGGAGCAGCCAAUGUUCAGGAACUGGUCGGCAAGAGGAUCGCUACUUCAUUUGAAGGCAUUGCAGGCAACUUCUUCAAGGAGAUCGAUGCUAAGGUCGCUGAUGCUAAUGGAACCAAGGGAACAGCGGAGCAAAAGAAGACAGAGCUGGUCUUUGUCAGCGGAAGUGUCGAAGCUGCCUGUGCUCUUGGACUCGCUGACGGUAUUGUCGAUCUUGUCGAGUCUGGAGAAACUAUGCAGGCUGCGGGACUUCACGACAUCGAGACGAUUUUGUCCUCACAAGCAGUAUUAAUCGCCUCCAGAAAACCCAAACACCCUGAUCUGGUGCAGACAAUUGCUGGACGGAUAAAGGGAGUCAUUGCAGCACAAAAGUAUGUCUACAUCAAUUACAAUAUCGAACGCAAGCACCUCAAGGAGGCUUCUUUGAUUACCCCUGGUCGUCAGGCCCCUACGGUCUCACCUCUCGAGAACCCAGACUGGGUGGCAGUCAGUUCCAUGGUCCUCAAGAACAACGUUGCACAGUCUAUGGAUGAUUUAGAGGCCAUUGGCGCCCGUGAUAUUCUCUUGUUCGCUAUCCAGAACUGCCGUGUUUAACAUUAU